AUGCAUUCAAGGAGUUCAUUGAUAAUCAUUUCCUUCUUGAUCAUAUUAGUCCUUUUCUCUUUCGGUUCAUGUUCCGGCAGGUCUCUGGACGAUCAACCACGUCUUGGUCAUCAUGAUCAUGGCGAUUUCAUGGACUACUUGAUCAACUCAAUGGCUCGGAUCUUCCGUCUUGAGAGGUAUCUCAAACAGGAAGAUCAUGAUGAAGGAAAAACAAUACUCAACGUUGAUGAUUUUGCAGCCAAAAGGAAUGGUAAACUAGACGACACAAAGGCAUUUAAGAAGGCUUGGGAAAAAGCUUGUUCAUCUAAGGCUCCGGCGUUUGUGGUGGUGCCGCCAAAGAACUAUCUUGUUAGACCAAUCAAAUUCAAGGGUCCAUGCAAAUCCAAUCUUACAAUUCAGAUUCAUGGGACCGUAGAAGCAUCCGAUGAUCGGUCGGAUUACAAUGACUUAGGUAGGCACUGGCUUUUGUUCGAUGGGGUCGAUAAUUUAGUUCUAGAAGGUUGUGGAAGUGGAACUCUCAAUGGCAAUGGCGAGACAUGGUGGAAGCACUCUUGCAAACUUAACAAAUCACUCCCAUGCAAGGGAGCACCAACGGCUCUGACCUUGCGUAAAUGCCAGAAACUGGCAGUAAGGGAUCUAAAAAUCAAAGAUGCACAACAAAUCCAAGUUUCCUUAGAACACAGUAAGCAUGUCAAAGUUUCUAAUCUGACUAUAACUGCACCAAGGGAUAGUCCCAAUACGGAUGGAAUUCAUGUCACAGAUACCCAAGACAUUGUCAUCUCCAAAUGUGUUAUAGAAACAGGCGAUGAUUGUAUUUCUAUUGCGAGUGGAUCACAAAAAGUGCGGGCUACUGAUAUAACAUGUGGACCAGGUCAUGGAAUUAGUAUUGGUAGCUUGGGAUCUGAAAAUUCGGAAGCCCAUGUCUCAGACGUGAUUGUAAGAAAAGCCAAACUUUUUAGAACCAUGAAUGGAGUUAGAAUCAAGACUUGGCAGGGAGGUUCAGGAUGUGCAAGCAACAUCAAGUUUAUAGACUUUGAAAUGCAUAACGUGCAAAAUCCCAUUAUAAUAGAUCAAAACUACUGUGAUAAGAAGAAACCUUGCAAAGAACAGAUUUCAGCGGUCCAAGUGAAAGAUGUGUUGUACCAGAACAUCAAAGGUACAAGCACUUCUGAUGUUGCCAUAAAGUUCGAUUGCAGCAAGAGCUUUGGGUGUGAAGGAAUUGUGUUGAGAGAUGUUGAUCUGCGACGCAAGCAAGGAGAUCAUGUGGCUGAGGCUUUCUGCAAUAACGUGGAGUUCACCGACAUUGGAGAUGUUUCCCCACUCUGUCCACGUUGA